AUGGUCAAAUUCAACAAGGAAGAAUUCGAACUUCUCCUCUCCCGAAGAGAUUUCAUUAGAAAUUUGAGUAUCAUUGCUCACGUGGAUCACGGUAAAUCCACACUCACCGAUCAGUUGGCAUCAGCGGCUGGUUUCAUUGACGAAGAUUCAGCAGGUGAAAAGAGAGUACUCGAUGUAGACAAGAACGAAAUUGAAAAGGGUAUCACCAUCAAGUCGACAAGUUUAUCCAUGGUACUGAAUGAUCCUUCCAAUGAAAAGGAAAAGAUUAUUGUUAAUUUAAUUGACAGUCCUGGUCAUAUUGAUUUCAAUUCAGAAGUGACAGCAGCUUUGCGUGUGACUGACGGAGCCAUUCUCGUGGUAGAUUCUGUCGAAGGUUGUAGAGGACAAACAGAGACUGUCAUGCGUCAAGCUCUCCAAGAAAAGAUUAAACCCGUCUUGGUGAUUAAUAAGGUCGAUCGUGUGAUUGAAGAAUUGCAAUUCUCACCCGAAGAGGCUUAUCAAAGUUUCCAAAGAAUUAUUGAAUCUGUGAAUGUACUCAUUUCGACCUAUGGUGUAGAAGAUGAUUUGUACAAGAAUUUACAAAUGGACCCAACCAUUGGCAAUGUUGCUUUUGGAAGUGGUAAGAUGGGUUGGGCCUUUACCAUUCCUCAAUUUGCUGAACUUUACAGUAAGAAAUUCCAAACCAGUGCCGAUAAGAUUGCUCGUAAAUUAUGGGGUGAACAUUAUUAUGAUCACGAAGCCAAGAAAUGGUCCACUGAACCCUAUUCCAAAGUCUCUGGCAAGAAAUUGAAACCUUCAUUCUGUGAAUUUAUUUUGGAACCCAUCUUCCAAAUCUUUAAACUUGUGAAGGAACGAUCCACAAACAGCAAUUCGAGUGGAGAGGAAAUUGCUCUCUCCGAAGAACUCUCCAAUGUGAUUCAAAAACUCUCCAUUUCUCUCUCCAAGGAAGAUCGUAAGAAAGAUUCCAAGAAUUUAUUAAGGACCAUCAUGAGAAAAUUCCUUCCUGCCUCAAAGAGUCUCAUUCAAAUGAUCAUUCAACACUUGCCAUCACCGGUACAGGCUCAGAAAUACAGAUACUCUCUCUUAUACACUGGAGAUUUGAAUGAUUCGAAUGCCAUGGCUAUUCGUGAUUGUGAUCCCAAUGGUCCUCUCAUUCUCUAUGUCAGUAAGAUGAUACCCAUGCAUUCCAAUACUAGUGCUUCUUCCAUUUCGAAUAAUGUUGGUCGUUUCAUUGCUUUCUGUCGUGUCUUCUCUGGAACUGUCAAACAAUCGAGUAGUGUGAGAAUUUUAGGUCCUGCCUAUGAAGGUGCUCAAUCCAAGAAAGAUGUCUUUAAUGCUCAUGUUCAACGUGUGUUGAUCAUGCUCGGUAAGAACACUGAAAGUGUUUCUGAAGUGAGUUGUGGUUCUACUUGUGGUCUCGCUGGUCUCGACAAGUACAUUGUGAAAACUUGUACCUGUGUCGAUGAAGAUAAUUUCGAAUGUAUGCCUAUUCGAAACAUGAAAUAUAGUGUGAGUCCUGUCGUUCAGAUGGGUGUUGAGCCAGUGAACCCUGCAGACAUGCCCAAGUUUGUAGAUGCCAUCAAAAAGUUAGUGAAAAGUGAUCCAUUGUUGGAAUGUCGAACCAAUUCUGCUGGUCAAUACGUUCUUGCAGCAGCUGGUGAAUUGCAUUUAGAAAUUUGUAUGAAGAAUUUAGAAGAAGAAUAUGGAAAGGGUAUUCCAAUCAAACAGAGUCAACCUGUGGUGAGUUUCUUGGAAACAGUUACCACUGAGUGUGAACCUUGUUUUGCCAAAUCUCCAAACAAACAUAACAAGUUAUGGAUCCAUGCUGAACCCAUGAGUGAAGAACUCAUUUCUCUCAUUGAAGAAGGUGAUUUUGUCAAGCAAGAUGUGAAUAAGAGAGCCAAAGUUUUGGAACAAGAAUUUAAUUGGGAUCCAGCCAUUACCAAGAAGAUUUGGUCUUUUGGACCCAAUGACAAAGGUCCUAACAUGUUAGUGAAUGCCUCUCAUUCCGUCGAGUACAUGAAUGAAAUUCAAGAUUUUGUGGUAACGACCUUCCAGCAAAACACCAUGAGAGGAGCUCUCUGUGAUGAACCAUUGAGAGGAGUUGUGUUCAAGGUCGAUGAUGCUGAUUUACACUCUGAUUCGAGUCAUAGAAAUGCAGGACAAGUGGGUGAAGCUUCCCGUAGAGCCAUGUGUGCUGCUCAAUUAAGAGCUAGUCCUAAAUUAGUAGAACCUAUUUAUUUGGUUGAGAUUCAAUGUCCGAAUUCUGUAAUGGGUGCCAUCUAUAGUGUGGUGAAUCAUCGUAGAGGUUCAAUCAAGUCGACGGAAGUGAUUAAUGGAACUCCCUUAUUGAAUAUUGUGUGUCAUUUACCAGUUUUGGAGAGUUUUGGUUUGACACAAGAAUUACACGGACUCACGAGUGGCCAAGCUCAAGCUCAAUGUAAUUUCAGUCAUUGGAGUAUUAUGAAGGAUGAUGUCCAUGAUCCAUCUUCUGAAGUGAACAAGUUGAUCCAAUCUAUUAGAAGGAGAAAGGGCCUCAAAGAUCAAAUUCCAUCGUAUACUGAUUAUUGUGAUUCACAAAGAUAA